UGAAAUAGAGAAUUUCGAGAAAACCCAGUAAGGAUUUCAAACUUUGUUUGAGGUUCGGUGGUUCUUCCUGGUGUCUCGGAGUGGGAGUGGGAGUGCUGUUGCUGUUUCUUUCAACUCAACUUUUUCUAUUUCUACAGCUCUCUGGUGUGGGUAUAUGUAUGUAUAUGAAAGAAAAACCAUGGAGGAGUUGCAGAGUGCUCUGAAAGGAAAUGGUCUAACUCUUUCUAAUCUUCCAGAGAAAGGCAGGUGCCUCUUAACCACCAGAGAUUUCCAUCCAGGAGAAGUAAUUAUAAGCCAAGAGCCUUAUGUCUGUGUACCAAACAAGUCCCCAGUUUACUCAAGAUGCGAUGGGUGCUUCACAACAAGUAACCUUAAGAAGUGUUCAGGUUGUCAUGUUGUGUGGUACUGUGGUAGCACCUGCCAGAAGUUGGACUGGAAGUUGCAUCGUCUUGAAUGUGAAGCUCUGUCAAGGCUUGAUAAAGACAGAAGAAAAUGUGUUACACCUUCCAUUCGUCUAAUGGUGAAACUCUACCUUCGAAGAAAACUGCAAAGUGAAAAGGUCAUCCCUACUACUGCUACAGACAACUACAACUUGGUGGAGGCAUUGGUGUCUCACAUGCCUGACAUUGAUGAGAAGCAACUGGUACUGUAUGCUCAGAUGGCUAACCUUGUGAACUUCAUACUUCAGCAGCCUGACAUCAACAUAAAAGAGAUUGCAGAAAACUUUUCCAAGUUUGCAUGCAAUGCACAUACCAUUUGCGAUAGUGAACUAAUUCCCCUGGGGACUGGACUGUACCCUGUCAUUUCCAUUAUUAACCACAGCUGCUUGCCCAAUUCUGUUUUGGUGUUUGAGGGAAGGUUGGCUGUGAUACGUGCUGUGCAGCAUAUACCCCAAGGAGCUGAGGUCUUGAUUAGUUACAUUGACACUACUGGAAGCACUAUGACUCGGCAAAAGGCUCUCAAAGAACAGUACCUUUUUACUUGCACAUGUCCCCGCUGCAUAAAACUGGGUCAGUCUGAUGAUAUCCAAGAAAGUGCAGUUCUGGAAGGUUAUAGGUGCAAGGAUGAAGGAUGCAAUGGUUUUCUACUCCGCAGCUCUGAUGACAAAGGGUUUAUAUGCCAACAAUGUGAUCGUGUUAGGGACAAGGAAGAGAUAAGAAAGAUUGCAAGUGAAGUAAAAUCAAUGUCAGAAAAGGCUCUUAUGUCUUUGUCAUCUGGCAAUCAACUGGAAGCUGUUUCCAUGCAUCAGACAAUUGAAAAGCUCCAAAGGAAACUGUGCCAUCCUUUCUCAAUAAGUUUGAUGCAAACUCGAGAAAAGGUUUUAAAGAUUUUGAUGGAGCUGCAAAAUUGGAGAGAAGCUCUCGCAUAUUGCAAAUUGACCAUUCCAGUGUAUCAAAGAGUAUAUCCAGGGUUCCAUCCCUUGCUUGGACUACAAUAUUAUACCUGUGGAAAGCUUGAAUGGUUUCUGGGAGAUACAGAGGAUGCAAUAAAAUCAGUGACCAAGGCUAUAGAUAUACUGAGAAUUACUCAUGGCACAAACACGCCUUUCAUGAGGGAUCUCUUAAUGAAGUUGGAGGAAGCACAUUUUGAAGCUUCUCACAAACUCUCAUGUAAAAAUGAGUAACGAAGUCUACCUCCAACUGUGUUUCUAUGGUGGAUUCUGCUCUGUUGAGCCAUUCCUUGUACAUGAGCUUAUAGUAAUGAUUAAUUCAGUUGCCAUCUCUAUUUAGGGCCCAAAUUGGGUUUUACUCCCUUUCAGCCAAACUUUCUAGCAAAAUGCCUCCCGUUUGAAA